GAAAUAAAAAGCAGUUUUAAAUUUUAAAAUUUAAAUUGAAUUACUAAUUAAUUUGUUUGUUUUUUGUAAAUAUAUUUGUACUAUUAUUUAUUUCAAUGGCAUCAAUUAAUUAAUAUUAACAUAAAUGUCUUAAUAUUAGUUAUUACGUUCAAGCUAAACUAAUGUUUAGUUUUCUCCAUAUAUUUUUAAAUAAUUUCAAAAUCUUUAAAGUUCAAAUUUAUCACGCCAGUAUGACACACAAAGUAUUUGUUUAUGGAACCUUAAAAAGAAAUGAACCGAACCAUCACUGGCUGACAAAACCUGAGAAUGGCACUGGAAAGUUUCUUGCUGAGGGCACAACACAGAAAAAAUAUCCAUUAAUAAUAGCAACAAAAUAUAACAUUCCAUUUUUGUUAUACAGUCCUGGUGAUGGUCAUUAUGUCAAAGGUGAAGUAUAUGAGGUGGAUGAUACCAUGUUAUCAAAGCUAGAUAUACUGGAAGACCAUCCCAAGUGGUAUAUUAGGGAAAUUGAUGACAUUGUUGUGAAGAAGGACGGUUCAGAAGAGGUGAUUAAAUGCUGGGUGUAUUUUCUGAAGAACUUCAGGCGGGAGUUGCUUAAGGGAAAGUUGUAUGAAAACUACUCCUCAAGUGGUGGGCAUGGAUUGAAAUAUUUGGAAAGGUCUAAAAGAGAUCCUAAUUAUAAUCACUAUAAUGAAGUCAGAUCUGAUUAAUUUGACGACGGGGACGGGGCUACCAUAGAUGACCUAAAUGAGCUUUUGGAUAAGAAAAUAAAAUAACGAUACAGUUUCUUAUUUAAUAAUAAUAAUAUUAAUACAAUUUGGUAUCAGAAUUUAAAUAUGUUGUAAUAAAUUGUUGAAAAAAUAAAUUAUUUCAUUGUUAUUAAAUAAAGUCAAAUGAAAAGA